GAGGGAGUGGGGCGUGGCAGGGACUCUCGACCCCGUCCAGGCCCCGCCCCCCACGGCAGGACCCAGCCAGGCUCAGCUGACGCGGCACUUCACGUGACGCUGGACCCCGGUGAACAUGGCGGCGUCCACCGGACCUUCGUUCUGGCUGGGGAACAAAACCCUGAAGGUGCCGCUGGCGCUCUUUGCCCUGAACAGGCAGCGCCUGUGUGAGCGUCUGCGAAGGAACCAGGCCGUGCAGGCGGGCUCUCUUGUGCUGCUGCAGGGCGGGGAGGACACACAGCGCUACUGCACUGACACAGGGGUCGUCUUCCGCCAGGAGUCCUUCUUUCACUGGGCAUUCGGUGUCACCGAGCCAGGCUGCUACGGCGUGAUUGACAUCGCCACCGGGAAGUCGACCCUGUUUGUGCCCAGGCUUCCUGCCAGCUAUGCCACCUGGAUGGGAAAGAUCCAUUCCAAGGAGCACUUCAAGGAGAAGUAUGCUGUGGAUGACGUCCAGUACACAGACGAGAUUGCCAGUGUCCUGACGUCACUGAGCCCCUCUGUCCUCCUCACUUUGCGUGGAGUCAACACCGACAGCGGCAGUGUCUGCAAGGAGGCCUCCUUCGAGGGCAUCAGCAAGUUCAAUGUCAACAACACCAUUCUUCAUCCAGAGAUAGUGGAAUGCCGGGUCUUUAAGACGGACAUGGAGCUGGAAGUUUUGCGCUACACCAAUAAGAUCUCCAGUGAGGCCCAUCGGGAGGUAAUGAAGGCUGUAAAAGUGGGAAUGAAAGAAUAUGAGAUGGAAAGCCUCUUUGAGCACUACUGCUACUCCCAGGGCGGCAUGCGCCACAGCUCCUACACCUGCAUCUGCAGCAGCGGUGAGAACGCGGCUGUGCUGCACUACGGACACGCCGGGGCCCCCAACGACCGGACCAUCCAGGACGGAGACAUGUGCCUGUUCGACAUGGGUGGUGAGUAUUACUGCUACUCUUCGGACAUCACGUGCUCCUAUCCUGCCAAUGGCAAGUUCACCGAAAACCAAAAGGCCAUCUACGAGGCGGUGCUGCGGAGUUGUCGUGCUGUCAUGAGCACCAUGAAGCCAGGCGUUUGGUGGCCUGACAUGCACCGUCUGGCAGACCGCAUCCACCUGGAGGAGCUGGUCCGUAUCGGCGUCCUGAGCGGCAGCAUCGACGCCAUGGUCCAGGCCCACCUGGGAGCUGUGUUCAUGCCUCACGGGCUGGGCCACUUCCUGGGCAUUGAUGUGCAUGACGUGGGAGGCUACCCUGAGGGCGUGGAGCGCAUUGAUGAGCCUGGCCUGCGGAGCCUGCGCACUGCACGGCACCUGGAGCCAGGCAUGGUGCUCACUGUGGAGCCGGGCAUUUACUUCAUCGACCACCUCCUGGACGAGGCCCUGGCUGACCCGGCACGCGCCUGCUUCUUUAACCGCGAGGUCCUGCAGCGCUUUCGUGGAUUUGGUGGGGUCCGUAUUGAGGAGGACGUCGUGGUGACUAACAGUGGCAUGGAGCUGCUGACCUGUGUGCCCCGCACAGUGGAGGAAAUCGAAUCAUGCAUGGCAGGCUGUGACAAGGCUUUCACUCCCUUCUCUAGCCCGAAAUAGAGCCAGCCAGGAGUGCCCAGUGGGACUGGGGAUCCGGCCUUGCUACCUGUGUUUGCAACAGGCAGCUUGCUUCUUGGCCACCCAGAGGCAAGAUGGUGCUCAGAAAUCACAUGCCAGCCUCGACGCCUGAUCACACCAAACAGCGCUGUGACCUAGGAGGGGAAGCUUUUUUAUUAACAUUCUGCAAGAUCAUACCCUAAUCUGUUAUUACUUUACUUAAAUGACAGUGGCUUUUAAAAUGCUAAUAUGAAACACGCUGUUCUUUAGUAGCCACUAAAAUGUAUCUUGCUGUCAUUUGUAUUUUUCUGCUCAGGAAAGAAAAAUCUCCAGUGUUCUCUCUCAAAAAUCAAUACACAAAUAGAAUUUGCAAUAAAAGCUUUUUUUAAAUUGUCCUUUA